GUGCGUCGUUUGCCAGCGUCAGACCCAACAGGACUUUCAUUGAUGUUGACUGAGGCGAAAGGACGGAGCAUAAAAGCAGCUGAAAAGCUCAUCUUCUGCUGGGCUGUGGUGAGACGGGCUACUGGGGAUGAGGAUCCGGCUGCAGGGGACGGGCCAUGCCGCUGGUCUCCUCGCAGAGCUCAACCGCUGCCGGCUUUCCCGCUGCCUGUGUGACGUGGUGCUGCAGGUCGGGGGGCGCUCAUUCCCAGCUCACCGUGCUGUCCUGGCCUGCGCCGGCACCUAUUUCCGUGGCCUGUUCUCUGGCGGGGGCGGUGCCUCUUCCACCUUCACCCUGGACUUCGUGUCUCCAGCGAACUUUGAGAAGGUGCUGACCUUCAUUUACACAGCGGAGAUCCUGACAGACCUGAUCGACGUGGGAGUGCUGUAUGAGCUCGCUGAGAGGCUGGGCGUGCAGCAGCUGGUCUUGGCCUGUCACGCCACCUUCCCUGACCUGCAGAGCUCUAACCCCGGCAAGGGUCCCGCCAAGCCGGACCUCGACCAGCGCACCGCCCCCACCUCCGUGUGCUCUUCCUCGGCAGCCUCCUCCUCAUCGUCACUGUCUUCAUCUGCUGGCCCUUCUGCCACACCGUCCUCCCAGUCCCGGGAUGGUGCCUCCAGAGCGGGCCGGGGCCACGGGGCCCCCAUUCCUCCUCCUCAGGCCCCCAAAGCGGAAAACGAGGAGUUCUUUGUGGAGUACGGCCACAUGUCCGAGGAGAAGGUGCCGGAGCAGCGGCCAGUGGCUGAGGUGGCGGACACCGUGAACGGGCCAGCCAAGGAUGUGAAGGUGGAGCAGGCUGAGGAGGGCGAUGGCACGGGGGGGCGGCGUGGAGGGGAGUCCCGGGUGCCAUCUGCGCCGCUUAGUGUCUCUUACCCCGACUCCUCGGCUCAGCUGCCGGUGGAGGCCUGCGCCCCCUCGUCGUCAUGUGGCGACCCGCUGGAUGGCCUGCAGGUCAGCGCGGUGGAGUGCGGCGGCGCCGACGCCUCCGAGGAGAAUGACGUGCUGUUUGAGGAUGACGAGGACUCGGAGCGGGUACGUCGCCAGGGGGAUGGCUCGGAGGCCGGCGACCGCUGGGGGAGGCUGUCAGAGGAGAUCAUUGAGCUGAGCGAUGACGAGAACUACGCUGAGGAAGAUGAGGUCGAGGAGGAGGACUUGGUGUGCCUGGAAAAUGGCGCUGGCUUGGGGGUGGGCACUCGUGGCCCCGUGGAGGGCCCGGUGGCAUGCGGAGCCUGCGGGAAGGCGCUGCCCGCGGAAGUGAGCGCUGUCACGGCACAUGCAGAGACCCACAUGUCGGAUUCAGGCGCAUGCCGACUCUGUGGUGCCACUCCAGUGUCCCGUGCUGCCCGCAUCUCGCACGCCCUCUCGCACGUGGGGGUCCCACUCUUCUCCUGUGACAUGUGUCACCUGCAGUUCUGCAGUCCAGCCAAGCUGAACCGGCACCGACGGCAGGCCCUUGCUGGAAUCCCCCUGCCUCAGCCUAACCAGUUCAACAGUGCCUCCCAGGGACCGGGUGGGGAACUGCAAUGUGCAGUCUGCUCCAAGCAGCUGACUAAGGACUUCCAGGCCGUGAGGGAGCACCUCCUCGUCCACGUGUGUGUGUCGUCACUUCGCUGUGCCGUGUGCCACCUGACACAGACUUCCCUGUGCACCCUGCUGUGGCAUACCCUCACGCACCUCUCCCUGCCCAUCUAUACCUGCCCCUGCUGUGCCUGCUGCUUCCUGGAGCGCCCCCUGCUGGAGAGACACAUGGUAGAACACGGUGAGGAUGGUACAGCUGCAGACAGGGAGCUCGGGGACUGCCAUGUGCCUGGGGCCGAUGCCCUGGAGGAUCUGCGCUGCUUCUUGUGCUCUCAGACCUUCACCUCCACCUCUGCUUUCCAGUACCAUUUGAGCUUACAUACAGGCGAGCAGCCGAGCAGCCAGUCCUGGCAGGGUAAGCGCAAGGCAGAGCAGGCCCUGGACUACCCCUCAUCUUGCUCAUCAUCCUCGUCGCUGGAUGCUGGAAGCUUGGGCAGACUAGUGGCCGUGGGCUUCGGGCAGCCCAUGGGCCCGGGGCCCCCCGACAAGCCACUGGCGGGCUCCCUCCCCAGCUUCCCGGUAGGACUCCUCCCAGAUGGUAGCCCUGGUGGGCCAUCGGGGGGCACCGCGCCACGGGUUAAGUGGUACCGCUGCCGGUUCUGCGGCAAACGCUUCGCCCACUCGGGUGAGUUUACGUACCACCUGCGCAUCCACACAGGUGAGAAGCCCUACCAGUGCAAGGUUUGCCUGCGCUUCUUCCGGGGACGCUCUACCAUGAUCUGCCACCUGAAGACACACGCUGGCGCCCUCAUGUACCGCUGCACGGUCUGCGGACUCUACUUUUCCACCCUCAAGCUCGUCUCGUCCCACAUGGAACAGCACAAGGACAAUCUGCCACCGGACUUCAACAUCGAACAGACCUUCAUGUACAAUGACCACUCCAAAGAGCCCCUCUCUGGCCUGGACAGCUGAUUGGCUGUGCCCCGUGGCCUGGACCACUGACUUGCUGUUUCUCUGGCCUCGGCGUCUGAUUGGCUGUUACUCUCCUUAACCUGCUAAGGACUGGAUUUCUAAAAGAUGCUGAAGCUGUCUGUGUUUAUGAGAUUUUUGAAGGAGACAAAUGAAAACGUGAGAAAUGUCAGGAACAUAGAUAUUAAGUAAGUGAAAUUCAUUUAAAGAGGUUUUGCUUCACCCCUUGGUGGCAGCACAUGUCCGAGAUUGGUGUGAGAUGAUAUUGAAAGCGGUGACUGGAGAGCUAUGCUCCCAGAUUAGUGAUGCCCAACUGGAAGUCAAGUCUGCUGCUCUGCUCUCUAGGCUAAGGAGGUUGAGCUUGGUUGUUGCGUGCCUUAUUGUGGAGGAGAAGACUGCAUCAUGGUUACUGCUUAGGUGCUCCUGUGGGCACUUCCCAUGGUGCCUUGCAAAAACAUUUCCUACAGUCUCCUCUGUCAAGAAAGUGUUUCCACAUGUAGACAUUUUUAUCCACCAAAUUAAUUUUAACUACAUUUUUAACUUCAAAAUUUUUUAAGGUUUAUUGAUUUAUCUAUUGUUUUCUAAAAAGAAAAAUACUAUUUCCUUACUGUAGCUGUAGAGAUGUGACACUUCUAAAUUAGAAUUGAUAGAUUAAUAUUUAUGGUGUUGUGUAUCCGACAGCUUGACUUGGUCCUACUACCGCUAUGCUUUAAAACAAGCAUAAUCCUGUCCUAACUUACAGUAGCAAAGUUCUGCUUAAGAGAUCCAAUAUUGAAAUAAAGUUCUACAAGCUUUGAAUGUCUUAGUUUGAUAUUAAAGUGUAUAUGUAUACAUUUCAUGUUGAUUUGAAUAAAGUAGGAGCUUGUCAGAAAUCUUACAAGCCAGUAAAUGAGGAGAAAGGUGCUAUUGGAUGUUGUGGCGUGGGCUCUCUCAGCAGGACAUGCAUGUAACACGAUAGAUACGUGUGUAACAUGAUGAUACUGUGUCCCUGUCCGAACCCCUCACACCACAGUGGUAAUACAAGUGGGAGCAAAGUUUUAUUUGUUGUUGUUUAUAUAUUGAGUGAAACACACCUUUUUCAAUGUAAGCAGUGCACUGUGUUGUUUGCUAAAGUUCCAUGGGCAAGCGGUCCGAUUUAGAUGGUUGACGGCUGAUGGUGUUGACCCAUAUUGGGGAGGAGUGGCUUGGCCUUUCUGAAAUGGCAUCUUGCCACCUCCUUAAUCAGGCUUGAUGCUCUGUGAGAAUGAGCUAUAGCUGAGGUACCAUGCCAGGCAACAGCUCUGUGAGGAUGUGCUGUAGCUGAGCAACCGCCCCGUAUGGCAGCUCUUUGAGGAUGAGCUGUAACUGAGCUACCGCAGCUCUGUGGGGAUGAGCUGUAGCUGAGGUACCGCCCCAUACAGUAGCUCUGUGAGCAUGCGCUAUAGUUGAGGUAUGGCUCCAUGCAGUAGCUCUGUGAGCAUGCCCUAUACCUGAGGCAUGGCUCCAUGCAGUAGCUCUGUGAGCAUGUGCUAUAGCUGAGGCAUGGCUCCAUGCAGUAGCUCUGUGAGCAUGCGCUAUAGCUGAGGCAUGGCUCCAUGCAGUAGCUCUGUGAACAUGCGCUAUACCUGAGGCAUGGCUCCAUGGAGUAGCUCUGUGAGCAUGCGCUAUAGCUGAGGCAUGGCUCCAUGAAGUAGCUCUGUGAGCAUGCGCUAUAGCUGAGGCAUGGCUCCAUGAAGUAGCUCUGUGAGCAUGCGCUAUAGCUGAGGCAUAACUCCAUGCAGUAGCUCUGUGAGCAUGCCCUAUAGCUGAGGCAUGGCUCCAUGGAGUAGCUCUGUGAGCAUACCCUAUACCUGAGGCAUGGCUCCAUGGAGUUGCUCUGUGAGCAUACCCUAUACCUGAGGCAUGGCUCAAUGCAGUAGCUCUGUGAGCAUGCGCUAUAGCUGAGGUAUAGCUCCAUGCAGUAGCUCUGUGAGCAUGCGCUAUAGCUGAGGUAUGGCUCCAUGCAGUAGCUCUGUGAGCAUGCGCUAUAGCUGAGGUAUGGCUCCAUGCAGUAGCUCUGUGAACAUGCGCUAUACCUGAGGCAUGGCUCCAUGGAGUAGCUCUGUGAGCAUGCGCUAUAGCUGAGGCAUGGCUCCAUGAAGUAGCUCUGUGAGCAUGCGCUAUAGCUGAGGCAUGACUCCAUGCAGUAGCUCUGUGAGCAUGCCCUAUAGCUGAGGCAUGGCUCCAUGGAGUAGCUCUGUGAGCAUACCCUAUACCUGAGGCAUGGCUCCAUGCAGUAGCUCUGUGAGCAUGUGCUAUAGCUGAGGCAUGGCUCCAUGCAGUACCUCUGUGAGCAUGCCCUAUAGCUGAGGCAUGGCUCCAUGCAGUAGCUCUGUGAGCAUGCCCUAUAGCUGAGGUACGGCUCCAUGCAGUAGCUCUGUAAGGCCACCUGCGUCCACCGUGGCUCCACUCCUCUACUGCUGAGUCAUGCAUUGUGUGGUUAUUUUCAAAUGUUUCGAAAGUGUUUCUGAUGAAGGCACUGUGCUGCUUUGCAGAAUGCAAUGCCCUGCUCCCUACCAUCUCUGUGUCCUGAAUCAGGCUCCCUUUAAGUCAGCACUCACCUCAGAAGCAGUGAUGCGGUGACAUGGAGCCAAGUAGCAGUUGGCUUGGUGUCAUCACAUCUAGUGGGUUUUUUUUCUUUUACACUUAAAGCCUUAAAAUGUCUGUGGAGAUGCAUGUACGUCGAUGAAAUGUCACAAUAAUGCUGUUCUUGUAAAUCUGUUGGAAUGAGGUAUGGGUCUCUAAGGUAUUAAAGGACCGCCCCUCCCCCAUCUGACAACGGUUCCCCUUUUUGUCAGAAUCUGCCUUAUUUCAUAAAGUAGGUCAAGGUUUUACCGUCUAUUUAUUGUAUUUAUACUGUGUUUUUUAUUGACACUGUUAUAACACGUCAUGUUGGUCCUUGAAUUCAUGCUUCAGUUUUGUGUUUGUUCCAUUAAUAAAACAGAGUAACAGCA